UCAAAGAAAAUUUUUGACUAGAGUGUUGGCUUAUAGGAAGAGCCUUAUUGCUGAGUCUUUUUUCAAGUGUAAAAAAAAGUCCCACAUUGGAAGAAGAAGAAUAGGCUAGAACGACCCUUGGACAGACCAAACCCGCUCGGUGCUGCAUCCUGCAUCCAGAGCCUAUGUCCUGCCACUGUCGACGCCAGCAUGCCCAAGAGAAAGGCUGAAGGGGAUGCUAAAGGAGAUAAAGCCAAAGGGAAAGAUGAACCACAGAGAAGAUCUGCGAGGCUGUCUGCUAAACCUGCUCCUCCAAAGCCAGAGCCCAAGCCUGAAAAGGCUCCUGCAAAGAAGAGAGAGAAGGUAUCCAAAGGGAAAAAGGGAAAAGCUGAUGCUGGCAAGGAGAGGAAUAACCCUGCAGAAAAUGGAGAUGCCAAAACAGACCAGGCACAGAAAGCAGAAGGUUCUGGAGAGGCCAAGUGAAGUGUGUGGAUUUUUGAUAACUGUGUGCUUAUGGUGACUGCACAGUUUGAAAUACUAUUUUUUAUCAAGUUUUGUAAAACUGCAGAAUUUUGUUUUACUUUUUUUUUUUUUAAGCUAUAUUGUUAGCAUACAGAACACCUCAUUGUUGUUUUUGGGGGAAGGGGCAUAUGUCACUAACAGAAUGUCUCUGAAGCUGGAUUGAUGUCAGGAAAACGCCUUUCCCUUCUGGUUUUGAGAGACUUCCUCUUGGCUCCCAGGAGAAGGGAUUCCCUGACUUUGACACGCGUGGCCUCUUGGCACAAAAGCCUCGUGGUAUGGAAAAACAAAUUCGUUUUUAUGUCCGCUUCUCCCUUUCUAUUUUUCAGCAUAGACCUAACUCCCUUAAGCCCAGACAUCUGUUGGGACCUGACCCCCAGUCAUUGCUUACCAGUGUGUCAGGCAAUCUGGACUUUCCAGUGAUGCUGCUGAGAUGGCAUCUGUCAAAAGGGGCAGUGGUUCCAUUUCUAGUUGGUGGAUCUUCACAUAAAUUCUGCCAUUUUCAUUUCACUUUCUGAAAGUCAGGGUUGGCUUGUGAAAAGUUGUUAAAAACAUGCUAAAUGUGAAAUGUCGACCCUCACUCUAAACGUUCCCUGUUCAGAGCGUCAGAUGAAGACUUCAUUGGUUUUUAUAGUGGCUUUCUGAUUUUUGGUAGUCCAUUGAAGAAGGGAGUUUGAAAGUUGUAUACUGUUAAUGAUUGUCUGCCCAUGUCCUGCCUGAAAUACCAUGAUCGUUUAUGGAAAGUAUCUUUAAUAAAGCUGGAUACAGUUUGGCUUGGAAAAAAAAAUGUUCCACAUCAAUAUAACUGGGAACACAAUGAAUAAUCAUUAAGAAGUAUAACAAACAUUUAUGUGUGACAUAUGGACUUUCUAACUUCAAAACAGUUGGAAUUAAAGACAUGUUUAACAUGACCAUUAAAAUGAAAAUAGAACAUUAAAUUCUAUAUCGAAGGAAGGAGAAAUAAGUAGAGCAAAAUCUAAGCUAAUGUUUUACCCUGACUUAUGUAUAAAUUUCUCUGUAAGC